GGCGCCGCCGCUCCCUUCUCCUCAGCGCGGCGGCGCGCCAUGAGCGUUGGCGGGGGGCGGGUGUGCGACCUGUCCCGCAGGAACCCCCAGGAGGACUUCGAGCUCAUCCAGCGCAUCGGCAGCGGCACCUACGGCGACGUCUAUAAGGCGCGGAAUGUUAACACAAGUGAACUGGCAGCGAUUAAAGUAAUAAAAUUAGAACCAGGAGAAGAUUUUGCUGUUGUACAGCAAGAAAUCAUUAUGAUGAAAGAUUGUAAGCAUCAAAACAUUGUUGCUUAUUUUGGCAGCUAUCUCAGGCGUGACAAGCUGUGGAUUUGCAUGGAGUUCUGUGGAGGCGGUUCAUUACAGGACAUUUACCAUGUGACUGGCCCUCUUUCAGAACAGCAGAUUGCCUAUGUUAGCAGAGAAACACUACAGGGAUUAUAUUAUCUUCAUAGUAAAGGAAAAAUGCACAGAGACAUAAAGGGAGCAAAUAUUCUUUUAACUGAUAAUGGCCAUGUGAAAUUAGCUGAUUUUGGAGUAGCAGCACAAAUAACAGCUACAAUUGCCAAAAGGAAAUCUUUCAUUGGAACUCCAUAUUGGAUGGCCCCUGAAGUUGCUGCAGUUGAAAGGAAAGGUGGAUAUAAUCAACUUUGUGAUCUCUGGGCUGUUGGAAUAACUGCUAUAGAACUUGCAGAACUUCAGCCUCCUAUGUUUGACUUGCAUCCAAUGAGAGCACUCUUCUUAAUGACGAAAAGCAACUUUCAGCCUCCCAAACUAAAGGACAAAAUGAAAUGGUCAAAUAGUUUCCAUCAUUUUGUGAAAAUGGCACUUACAAAGAAUCCUAAAAAAAGACCUACAGCUGAAAAAUUACUACAGCAUCCUUUUAUUACACAGCCUUUAAGUCGAACCCUUGCUAUUGAACUGUUGGAUAAAAUGAGUAAUCCUGAUCAUUCCACUUACCAUGAUUUUGAUGAUGAAGAUCCAGAGCCUCUUCUUGUGCCACACAGGAUUCAUUCAACAAGUAGGAAUGUGAGAGAAGAAAAAACACGCUCUGAAAUAAAUUUUGGCCAAGUAAAAUUUGAUCCACCUUUAGUAAAGGAGACAGAACCUCAUCAUGAGUUUCACGCCAGUAACGAUUUUUUGGACAGUUCAGAAGAAAUAUACUACACUGCAAGAUCUAAUCUGGAUUUGCAACUAGAAUAUGGUCAAAGUCCCCAAGGCAGUUACUUCUUGGGUGCAAAUAAGAGUCUUCUAAAAUCAGUUGAAGAAGAACUGCAUCAGCGGGGACAUGUGGCACAUCUAGAAGAUGAGGAAGAUGUGGACAGUGAUGAUGCUAAACAGGCAAUAUUGGAGUUUGGAAAAAGACAGUCAAGGAGGCAAAAUGUGAUUCCCCAGCAAUAUGCAGGGAGUAAUGUCAAUACCUUAAACCAAAGCUCUGGCUCAACUAUGAAGGCUAAAGUACCUCCUCCUUUACCACCAAAGCCUAAAUCCAUCUGCAUACCGCAGGAGACACAUUCUUCUGAAGAUGAUAAUCAAGGAACUAUCAAAAGAUGCCCUGUUUCAGAGAGUCCUGCAAGAUCAAACACACAGGUCCCACCUAGACCACCCCCUCCUCGGUUACCUCCACAGAAGUCAAAUGUUUUAGGUAAUGGAUUCAGUUCUGUACAACUAAAUGGUGACAGAGAGGGAUCCACCCAUCAGGAAUCAAAUGAGAAUAGACACACUAAUAUUUCUAGGAAAGAAAAGAAGGAAAUGCUGAAGCCGAUUAGUAAUGGUUUGCCUCCUACACCAAAAGUACAUAUGGGUGCUUGCUUUUCAAAGGUUUUCAAUGGAUGUCCCUUGAAAAUUCAUUGUGCGACUUCAUGGAUAAAUCCUGAUACAAGAGACCAGUACUUGAUAUUUGGUGCAGAGGAAGGUAUUUACACCUUAAACCUUAAUGAACUUCAUGAAACUUCAAUGGAACAGUUAUUUCCCCGACGAUGCACAUGGCUGUAUGUAAUGAAUAAUUGCUUACUUUCGAUAUCUGGUAAAGCUUCUCAGCUUUAUUCCCAUAAUUUGCCAGGGCUGUUUGAUUAUGCAAGGCAAAUGCAAAAGUUACCUGUUGCUAUACCAGCACACAAACUUCCUGACCGAAUACUUCCCAGGAAGUUUGCUGUUUCUACAAAAAUCCCUGACACUAAAUGGUGUCAGAAGUGUUGUGUGGUGAGAAAUCCUUAUACAGGGCACAAAUAUCUUUGUGGGGCUCUACAGUCUAGCAUUGUUCUGUUAGAGUGGGUUGAACCAAUGCAGAAAUUCAUGCUAAUCAAGCAUAUAGACUUUCCUGUACCUUGUCCAUUAAGGCUGUUUGAAAUGCUGGUAGUUCCUGAACAGGAAUUCCCUUUAGUUUGUGUUGGUGUAACAAGAGGCAGAGAUUUCAACCAGGUGGUGAAGUUUGAGACUGUCAACCCAAAUUCUACCUCUUCAUGGUUUACAGAAACAGACACUACACAGUCAAAUGUUGUACAUGUAACGCAACUGGAGAGAGAUACCAUUUUAGUCUGUUUGGAUUGCUGUAUAAAAAUAGUAAAUUUGCAAGGCCGGUUAAAAUCUAGCCGAAAACUGUCUUCAGAACUUACAUUUGAUUUCCAGAUUGAAUCUAUAGUUUGUCUACAAGAUAGUGUUUUGGCGUUCUGGAAGCAUGGAAUGCAAGGCAGGAGUUUUCGAUCAAAUGAGAUCACACAGGAAAUUUCUGACAGUACAAGAAUAUUCAGACUCCUUGGAUCUGACAGAGUUGUGGUACUGGAGAGUAGGCCAACGGAUAACCCUACAGCCAACAGCAACUUGUACAUCUUAGCAGGUCAUGAAAAUAGUUACUGAGAAGCAGCGUGCACAGUGGUUAAUCAUGAAAAGAGAACACUACUGCUUCAACACUUAAGGCUGAAAUUGCACAAGAGCUGUAAUAGCCCAUCUUCAGUUAGCUUGUAAUUUAUUGUGGUGAGUGAGAGAGUGAGUGAGAGAGCGAGAAGACUUUCCUUGACUGGUUUGGACAUGAUUAGCACAUUUAUACCACAAAAGUGCUUGAUUCACCAUUAUGUAAUCUUUGUACAUAUAUGCAGUAUUUUUCAGUGAAAUGCAUUGCUGAAGGACUCCAUUGAUUUUAUGUAGAUAGUGGUCAAAUGUGUUACCUGUACAGUUGUAAAAAGGUUGCCAAGAACAUAAAUUGCAUUUGGGGUACUAUUUUAAGGACUC